AUGAGCAAGGCGCUCAAGAAGAUGUUCGAGCCCGCGAUCGCCGCCUUCGCGAAACGCUACCAGGGUUGGGUCGGCGCGGAGCUCUCCAAGUACGGCCUGCGGUACGACGAUCUCCUGUGCGACUACGACCUGGACGUCGCGGAGGCGCUGAAGCGCCUGCCGCAGGAGGAGCGAGACUUGCGGAUGCAACGCCUGAAGCGCGCGAUGGACCUCAGCAUGAAGCACAUCAACCUGAGCAAGGAGGAACAGGCGAAGCAAACGCCGUUCCUCUGGUACGUCACGCCCGUGCUGCGCGAGGUGGAGGCGGAGCGCGACGAGCGCGCGGCGCUCGGCACGGGGCAACCGUACAACAGGCAAAUUCCGUGA